AUGGCGAGAUCGCCGACACGUUCACCGCCCAAGUCCCCGCAGAAUAGAUCUUUUGACGCCUUCCUCAACGCGAAUGUGACGACAGUCAACUCUCGGGAAGGCACACAACUCGCUGAAGCAACCCCGCAAUUGGAUUUCCCACAACGUAUUGACGCCCCCGAAAGUAUCAAAACGCCAGAGAGGGAUUUCCCCCAGACGAGAGAGGAACGUCUGCAGAAGACAGUGUUCUCACCGCAUGCUACCGCACUACGCAAGCUAAAGACACAAAUCCGCUCUUCGUUUGACAAUGGAGCAGAGAUAGAGGCCAAGCUAAGCUGCUGCUCCUCUCAAAAGUUGAAGGACCGAGGCAGAGCAGUGUCGUCGAAGCUUAUCAAGGAGUAUUCCAUGUUGGCAGAGUCGAGCAAGCGUGCAGGUCGGCACGAUGCCGAGUGUACUACCUACUUGUGUCUUGGGAUCCUUCACGACAACGUUGAGGACUACUCAAAAGCCAUCGACUGCUACCUACUCGUGCUCUCCAUUAGCGAGAGUACGCAGAACAAAUUGUUCAUGGGGUUAGCUGCUAACUGCAUUGGUGUGGACUACCAGCUUUUGUCCUCCUCCACGAAAGACUUCAGCUAUACUGGCAAGUUUGUGGCUCCACUUAAUCGUUCUCUUCAGAAUGCACUUGUAUACCACGAGAAGCAUUUGGAGGUUGCAGACGACGCUGGCAAGUUUGUGGCUCAUUUGAAUUUGGGCCUUGCACUUGGCUCCCUUGACCGCCCGAACGAAGCAGCUCACUACUACCAGGAGGCACUUCGUUUGGCUAUCCAGUUGAACAGUGCGUACGGUCAAAGUCUUGCUGUAGGCAACCUGGGGCUGCUAGCGAGCCGUCAAAAUGAUCUAGAUACAGCGGUCGCGUGCAUGAAUCAGCAUCUACAGCUCAUCCAGUCUGUCAAUGAUCGUCCAGCCGAGACAUUCGCGUGGAUUCAGCUCGGUCAUCUUGCUAGUCGCCGAGAAGAAUUUGAAAAGGCAGAGCGGGCCUUCGACCAGGCUCAUCGGCUAGCUCAGGAACUUGGAGAUGCUGGCACAGUAAAACAGUGCAGUUGCUACUUAGGAGUCGCUCGAGCGCGUCUUCAAAUGCAAGCAUAUGUCCGAGAGCUCACUAGCUCGUUAUUACCAGCAGCGAACUGAGGACGAAGGCCGCUUCAAUACAAGGCUCCUCGUGGGGGGGGGGUCCCGCGUGAAAUACUAUCCUUUCUUCUGUCA